UUUCCUCCUGGAGCAGGGCGCGUGACCUGGGCUCUGUCACAGCCCACUGUUUCCACAUGCUAUUGGGGCAGAGCCACAGUGUCACACGGUUGCUACCACAGCACUAUUUAGCAAGGUAGGUCAGAGAUGAUGGUAGUCACAGUCACACGGCUCCCUGCGUGAAAGUGUGCUCUAGUCACUCGCAUGGAUCUUAGGCUAUGUUGAUGUUCACUAUGGAUCAGCUAAACAUGGCGAGUUUCAGGGUGAGCUCGGGCUCACGAAGAUUUGGACAGCAGUUGUCUAUGGAGCUCUCCAGCAAUGAUCUGGAUAAUAAAGACACAUUUAAAAGCAUGAACACGGAAAAGACCUCAAGAGUGACAGGGAGUAUAAAAGGAACCUCAGGAUUUUCUGAAGAUAAAGUACCCACAGUGUUGGCUCUUCAGCUGGCUAUAGCAGAAGGUCCAGACUGGCUUCCUGCUGACAAGAACACACAGGAAGUUCUGUGCGGGAAGCUGCGCGUGCUGGAGGGUGACCUCAGUAAUAUUUCAUCCUUGAUCUCUGAAUUAUCUGCUCAUCUGGUGUCCAUCAACAGUGCGGAAAGGACCAUAUUUAUCACUUUCAAAUCAUUUGAAGAAAUAUGGAAGUUCACCACAUACCACAGAAUGGGUUUUCUGCGUCAGUGUUUGGGGAACCUUCUUCUGGACCAAGAAUUCUGGCUGAAUGCUUUAGACCAGGAAGAGUCAGGAAUUGAGAUUUCAGUUAAAGAGGAGGUCCUGAAUCAGAUGUACAAAGGCUUUCUGCUGCAAGAAGGAUCAUUUUUUGGGAGCUGCACAUUGAACCAGAUGUUUGACAGCUCUACAUCAGGCAGUGAUCUGUAUCUCGAAAAGGGCGAUAUCGCUCUGUUUGAACCUCCAUUUCUGGGCUCAGGAUGGACCGUGCUGUCCUUGGCAGAUGGAUCAAGAGGGACUAAAGCACGACCAGCACUGGAGCCCGUCAUUCCAUUUCAUGAGUGGUUUCUGAAGUCCUGUCCUGAUUGGGUUUUAGUAGGCAGUGGGAAAAAAUGCUGUGAUCUCCCAUUUCAAAUUGCUGUAGGUAUUUGUGAGGCUACAGAGGUGUACGAUGGCAAUGGACCUGAUGAGCUCAGUUUUGAAGCUGGUGAUCUCAUCAUCAUCAAGGGGCUACUGGUGACCUGUCUUGAGUGGUUCAUGGGCAAGCUGGAGAGGACUGGUGAUACAGGACUUGUCAAAACAAGCCUUGUUAAAGCAACUGAUUCUCUUUGUGAAUCUCAUGAAAUCAUUAUGAAACAAGAAGACCAAAAAAUCUUCAACUUGGAACAAGAGAAGAUUAAAAAUGAAGCUAUUGCAUAUUUAAAGAAAACCUGCCAAAGCAACAUCGCUACAGUCUACAAACUUGAUUCGGCACAUCCAAGAUCUAUUCAAAAUGGGUCCAAAAACAGUGAAUAUUUGGCCGUGAAAAGCAACAUCGCCAAUAUUUUAGGUGAAAUAAGGGAACAUCUUCAAAAUGACCAGACACAAGACAGUGUGACGCUUCAAGCAGACAAGCCCAAAGGAUCCACAGAGUCACUUCAUGACAUCCCCCACUUUACUGUAUGUUCAGAGCAGGACAGUACCAGUCCAGAUGGAUACCAUUCCCUCCUGACCUUCUUAGGCAGCCGUGAUCACCGACCUGAAUUUCAGCUCCUCUAUGCUGCCUACCCGGAAUUCCUCCAGUUGCAUUUCCAGGGCCACAGUAAUGAGGAGGAGCUGGUAUCGUAUUUAGGUGAUGCUCGGGAAACUGCAAGAAAAAAGCGGAUGUCAUGGGCACAGAGCAGAAUUUGUUUUCUCUUGGGACAGUUGUGUGCAGGAAGGUCAAAAUUCUCCCAAGCACGCGUCUAUUAUGAGGAAUCUUUAAACGUUCCCAGAGACUAUUUCACAGACAUGUACCUUCUCUCAGCCAUCUACUCUAACCUGUCCCUCAUCUAUCUUACACAAAGAAACUCUGAGAAGUAUCUCGCUCUAUCUGAACGUUUUGCAGCUUUAUUGAUGACGGUCUGUGAUUAUUUAUCUGGGACAGAAGACCCAGAGGUGUUAAAGUUUGCACUAAAAAAGGCAGUUCUAUUCCAGAACAAGCCUGCUGAAGCCCGCGUCUGUUUCCUGCUAGCCAAGUUUUAUCUGAAGCUUGGAGAAGGGGUGAAUGCAAUACCUUUCAUUGAACGGCUACAGAUUUUAUCUGAUGAGAUGCCUGGAGCUUUUGAUGAGAUGCGAAGUCAUGUUUUUUUACUAUUAGCGAGGCUUUAUAGUGACUACGGGCUUCUUUAUCUAGCUGAGAGCUCAGCACAGCAAGCAUGUUUUCAGGUGUCUUCCUCAGUCAACGAUUGUUUCUGCAGCGUCUCUUUACUGUUAGAGAAUGCCCAGGAACUGUAUGGUGUGGACAUCCCAGCACAAGUGGCUCCAUGUUUAACUCGAGCUGCUGCUUUAGAAUCUGCUAACAUGGAAGCUAGCCUCUCACAUGCCUAUGCCCUCUGUCUAUCCUGGCUCUUCCACAAGCAUGGUAUGCCUAAAAGAGCAGUUCAGUACCUGUGUGACUUCCUCAACCAUUCCUCUGCUACAUUACUCACCCAGUCUGAUGCCAGCACUGCUCUGGCCUGGCUGGCAUGGUUGUAUAUCUGUGACUUGCAGCACCAAAGUGCUCUAGAUGUGCUGGAUUCGGUUCUGUCCUCCCUUCCUGAACAUUGCACAACCCAGCUAGAGGGUGUCAUCUAUAAUAUGCGUGGCAUCACUUUGAGGCAUGCUGGCGAUGUAAAACAAGCUGCAGAGAACUUCCGUGCUGCAGUCGAUGUCUGCGAGGAGUUUGAAAACAAGCACAACUGGGCCAUAGCACUCGCCAACUUUGGCUUCUUGAGUCUGCAAGUCAAUGCAAAGAGGGUGGCAGAGGAGCAGCUCAUCCAGGCAGUGGAGCUGUUCUCUGAGCUAGAGGAUGAAGAUCAUGAGCUGAACUUCGUGGUUGUGCUUUUAGAACUUGGCAAGCUUUACAUUACACAGGGUUUUUAUGAGAAAGGAAAGUUCUGCUAUGAGUGGGCCCUGCUGAUCUCUAUCCUUUAUGAAAACCCAGAGAGCCAAGUGCAAGCCACCCGUCACCUGUGCCAGCUGUAUAGUGAAGCAUGUCCUGAUAAGGCUCAGUGUAUCAUCUAUAAUGAACACCAGCUGAACCUGCUGCACCGGAGAGGAGACAGAAACCUGGAGGCAGAGAUAUUGGAAAAGAUCAGCCAGCUCUACCUCAGUCUGGGCACAGAGAAAGCGAAUAAAUGUGCUUUGGACUACACCAAAAGAAGCAUAGGACUCUACAUUGACAUGGGGAGGAAAAGGAAAGAGGCUCACGGCUGGCUCCAGGCAGGGAAAAUCUACCACAUCCUGAAACAGAUAGAACUGGUGGAUCUAUAUGUGCAGGUAGCACAAGACAUUGCUUUAAGCACUGGAGACACACUUUUCAUCCUGGAGCUGCUGGAGGCGGCAGGGGACGUGUUCUUUAACAGCACACAGGACAGAGAGAAAGCGGUCUGCUUCUACAGGGACCGAGCCCUCCCGAUCGCAUCGAAGACGAGCAGUGUGCGAUGUCAGCUCAGAUUGUGCAAUAAGCUGGCAGAGUUACUGUCACAGCUGGCACAGUAUGCAGAAGCCCUGCAGUAUGCUCAGACCGCAUUAGAGAUCAGUGUCAGUCUGGCUGAUUGUUUAAACGAGCGUGUUGCAUUCCAUCGGCUGGCUACGCUAUACCACUGCCUGGGUCAGUUUGAGCUGGCUGAGCACCACUUCCUAAAGGCCCUCUCUCUCUGUCCGUCACCCUUACAGUUUGAUGAGGAAGCCCUGUACUAUGUCAAGGUCUAUCAGACACUAGGAGACAUUAUCUUCUACGAUCUAAAAGACCCAUUUGAUGCAGCAGGGUAUUACCACCUUGCUCUAGCUGCUGCCAUGGACCUGGGCAAUAAGAAGUCUCAGCUUGAAUUGUGCACACGCCUGGCCACUAUUUACCACAACUUCCUUAUGAACCGUGAGCUCUCCCUGCACUUCUACCAACGUGCCCGAGGCUUUGCCGCCGAUCUUAAGAUCCGCCGCAUCAACCUUGCACCAGAUCAGAGUUUCCGUACCACAUCCCAGUACAGAAUCACACCUACGCAAGAGACAAGCUAGACCAUCAAACUGUACUGAGAAAACGGGAAGCUAGAUAUCUCAGGGGGAGCACAGCGUGUUGUUCAAGGUAUUGGACUAUUGAUCAGAUGGUCCCAGGUUCAAACCCCAGCACCACCACAACAGACCUUGAGCAAAACUCAACUGAUCAUCCUCAACUGAUCAUCCUCAACUGCUUAUUUGUGUAACAUUAUAAGUGUAAGUCGUUCUGGAUAAGGUGGUCUGCCUAAUGUCGUAAAUGUAAUUGGAGCACAACACUAUAAUGUUUACAUUGUGAACUGUUUUUAAUUUUUAUUUUUAUUUCUGUGUAUUAACUGGAUUGCUGAUAUUUAAGGUCAGAAAAAACAGACUGACAUCUGCUUGCUCACGACUCAGGAAUCAUUUUAGCGAGAGUGUCAAA